AGGCAGGAGGAGAGAGAGAGCGAGUAUGAACAGCAGCAUUAGAACGGGAUGCGAGACCAAUGGAAUAGAUGUUGAAGAAAGAAUGGCUGGCACGUGCUGAAGUCUGCUGUUUCCCUAAUAGCCUGAGGUCUGGGGUUAUUAACCGAAUACCCUUUUGAGAUUUAAUUUCCUGUAGCAUAAUGAAUAAUUGACAGUAGCCUGGUGUUUUGUUGCCUGGGAAAUUUGAGGCGUCCUUUAUUUUUUUUAUUUUUUUGUAGGCAUAGAGAAAAAUAACCAAUCCCGCGUCAGUUUAUAAAAUCUUUCGGUAGCCAAGUAGGCAACUAGUUGCGACAGGUGCGCACUGCGCGAGACCAGGAUGGGCAGGCGGGAAAUUCGCGGAGACCACCAUAGCAGCAGCAGCGUGAUGAGCACUGAAGACCGGAGAGAGAACCUGCAGGACACUGUAGAUACUGAAACCGGCGAUGAUGGCUCCGAGACCUCAAGUCUUGACAGCCGUCAUCUCCUCAGCGGGGACAAGCUCCCCCGCCACACCGGGGAUAGUGGCUCUAUUGGUGCCCGGCAUCAGCUGGCAGGCCUGGUGGAAGUGAAGAAGCACCAACAUAAACACAACUUGAAGCACCGCUACGAGGUAAUGGAGACGCUGGGGAAAGGCACCUACGGGAAAGUGAGGAGGGCGGUGGAGAGAACGACCAGGAAGACAGUAAGUGUUGUGUUUUUUUUGUGUGAAAUAUGUCUCUGCCCAUCUCGAUUAUAUUCUGUCCUCCCUUUCCAUGUGUUAGCCUUUUAUGUCGUAUUAUAACCUACAUGUUCACUUUACAGACAUUAGGCCAACUCAUCAUUGCAACCAACUGUUUCUGAAUGUGUGCUGCCUUCUAUGUUAGGGCCACCAAGGCAAAAUAUGGAUCUGCUAUUGACAUUUUGUUUGUUCCCUGUAUUGUGCGUUUUCUAUAUCAGUCGAACAAAGGGACCCCCAGAUGAUGUGUGUGUGUGGUAUGUGUGUGUGCUCUUGACCUUGGCUGUGCCUGGAAGUCUCAGAUAGCUGUCCUUCAGUUAUGUUUUGGUUCUUAUCAGAAAUGUGUGUGUGUUAUUAAUUAUUAAUAUGUGAUAGAGGACAGAUUGGACAGGGAAGGUCUAAUGAAUAUAUGCAUACUUGUGUGUGUGUGUGCCUGCCAUCUGUAGUGGAUGAGCUCAUACCCGCUGCUAUGCCAGGGAUCAGGGGCCUUCUGGGGGCCUGGGGGCCUAGGCCACCUUCUAGGUAUCUGA